AUGCCGCCCGCGGCUGAACGCGAUGAACAUGGUGCUUCGGGGCUUGAAUCUACAGUCGAGGGUGCGCUCACUACUGCCGCAGGUAUAGGUCUGAGUGAAGCAAUCCUGUAUCAACGUCCCCGGAGUCAUUCGACGUCUCCCACCAGUGCAGACCGUGCCCUUGAUCUAGCCCCCAAGUCCCGGAGUAGACCAACAUCGCCGGAGAUGACCCGUGAUCUGGAUCAAACACCCCAUCGUCGUCGUGCUUCUACAGCCCGCUCGAUCACUGAGUCGCCCACGGCUGUACCAAUUCAUUUCCGUCGACCUCCUACAUCACCUGGUUUGUCUCGCGUUGUACCUGUUGCUGCUCCAUCUCCCCCCGCUGGCGGUGAUUCCCCAACAUCACCGAGCCAGACACGCCACCGCCGUCCGAACUCUCUCGAGUUUAGGAAUUCUCGCGAGAUUCGGCCACUGUGGCUUGUUGAGCGCCAUGGUGCGUCGAAGGGUGAUCUAGUCGAACCCGAUGAGGUCUUGCCCUCGCUUCCGUCUAGCAAGACUUCUUCCCGCGCUCCAUCUGUCGAGGACCUGCGUGCUUUGAACGAUGAAGAUGCCGUGCGAAGCUGGGAGCCGUUUGACCUCAGCCCAUCCAUGACGGAUCGUCGCAGACCGACUGGUUUGACUAUCUCGACUUCUCGUGCUAAUGACCAGGAUGAGGGGGAUUUGCUUGGUUCUCAACAGGCUACGCCGACUGCGGAGGACUUUGGCGCGUCGACGGGGUCGAGGAGAUCUAAGCCUACGUAUGAGUUCCAUUCUCCCUCGGAGCUGUUGCAGGAUCCGGCUAUGUAUCCUGAAAUUCCUGGGUCGCCUGUUAUGGAGGCUCUUCCUUCCGCUGAGGGUUCGGUUGUUGGUGUCAAGGAUGUUGAUGUUGGUACUGAUGUUGAUGUUUUUGAGACGCCGACUCAGGAGAAGGAGGAGGAACCGCUUGAUGUGUCUGCGUUUGCUCAGGGUGUCGGGUUCGCGGGUGUUGUCGAUGCUGCUGUUAUUGCUGCUUCCAAGGAACUUGAUAAGCCCGUUGCUGCUGAGAAUGUUGAGGGUACUCCUGAUCCUCUUGAUAGAGAGGUGCCCGUUGAGACUGGCAUCGAGGAGUCUGCUUCACCGGCUCCAAAGAUUGGUGGUUUCGCGGACAUCGUCAACGCAGCUGUCAUGGCCGAGGUUGCUCAUGAUAAGACUCCUGUUGAAGAAGACCUUGGUGAGCCUGGUACUGCUAUCGAAGAGUAUGCCCCCAAGGACCUUGCCAUUGAGACCACAGCCGAGCCUGAAGCAGUCAAGGAGGUGGUCACCGAGUCUGUUGAGACGCCCGCUCAGCCUGCUGAGCCUCUCAUUGAGUUUGAAGCAGUCAAGGAAUUGGUCUCUGACUCUGCAGAAACUCCUUCUCAGCUUGUUGAGCCCUCAGCCACUGAAGAACCUGUUACUAAGGAGGUUGCGACUACAUCUUCUUCGAAGAAGAAAAAGAAGAAGAAGGGGAAGAAGGGUCAAGCCAGUGUUGAGCUGCCUUCUGAACCUGUGGUUGCUUCUGAAGAACAGACCCCUGUCGAGGUUGCCAUCGAGGAACAAACCCGUGCUGCUGAAGUUGCUGAGACCGAGACUCGUUCAAUCGAACCUGAAGCUGUUCCUACUCAUACAGACGAAGUUGUUGCUGUUGAGCCUCGGCCUGAAGCUGAAGCCGAACCUGUUGAGACACCUCGAGAAGUGGAACUUGAGUCACUCCCGGCUGUCGCUACUGAAGCUGUUGAGGCCGAGAAAGAUCUCCAGCUUGAGUCAGAGUCUCAGCCUGCCGUUGGGGAAGUAUCUGUCCCUGCUGAGUCCGAUGCUGCCACCGUUUCCGAGCCACAGCCCGAUUCCCAGCCUGAGACCCCCGGCGAGACUGAGUCUGAAGCUGCUAUGACACCCGCCCAGAAACGCAAGGCCAAGAAAGCGGCAAAGAAGAAGGCGAAGAGCCUUUCUGUGACAGAGUCUGUGGAGGUUUCGAACGAGGACGUGGCACCCGUCCAGCCCUCCGAUGAGACUCCCGCCCUACAGGAAGAGAAGACCCCCGAAGUCGAGGCCAGAGAUGUGGCUCCUGCAGUUGCUCCUGAAGAGCAGGAUGUAUUCCAGGAUGCCAGUGCUCCAGACGUCUCUGCUCCUGUUGAGCAGACAACUCCUGAUGUCCAAGAGUCCCGUGAGAUUGCGGAGCCUGCUGAACAUACUCCUGCGCAACAAACCUUCCAGCCUGCUGAAGACGUGACAAAGUCAGUCGACGAAUCACCGGCUGAUCUAGCUACCGAAUCAGAGGCCCGCGAAAUUCAACCCUCCGAGCCGGUCCAGCCGGAGAGCACGACUGAAGCAGAGCGAGCUCUGGAGACUACUCAGCCUGAAGAGAUCGUCGAGCCUGCAUCUGCCGUUGAAGAUGCUGCAGUGCCUGAAAAGCCCGCCGAGAGCGACGAUGAUCUCUUCCACGAAGCUGUCGCAGAGCAGCCCGAUAUCUCUGAGCAACAGCAGGAGAUCCAGCCAGAGACCCCCACUGCGACGGUCGCUGAGCCCUCUCUCGAGCCCGCCACCGAGACUGCAGCAGUUGAGCCUGAGCCCGAGGCUCCCAUGACCGCGGCACAGAAGAAGAAGGCCAAGAAGGACAAGAAGAAGCGCAAGUCCGUUGCAUUCGAAGAGCCCGCUACUCCUUCCGAGCCCGUCGUUGAGACUCAGCCUGAAGAGGUAACCAAGGACCUCGAGCCUGAACAAUCAGCUCCCAUUGAAUCUGCCGAUGUCCAAGAGCCUUUGACAAGCGGCGAGACGCAGCCUUCUGAGACUGAACAACUUACUGGGGGGCAGCCUGAGCCGGCCAUUGAGGAGGCGAAGGAUCUUCAUGAACCUGCAGUCGAAGAUGUCAAGGAUUUGUCUCAACCACCUACCGAGGAAUUCGUUCCCACUCUCGAGGCCGAGAUCGCUCCAUCUGGCAACGUGGAGUCUGUAGCCGCUCCUGACAUCGCCGAGGUUGUUGAAUCCGCUCAAGAUCAGCCAGAACAGCCUGCUGCUCAACCUGAAGCCGAAGCCGAAGCCGAGCCCGAGGUGCCUUUGACCGCAGCACAGAAGAAGAAGGCCAAGAAAGACAAGAAAAAGAAGGCUAAGCAGCAGAGUGUCUCGUCUAUUCCUGAAGAGGAGAAACCUGUCGAGCCCGAGGCUGCUGAGCCUCAACUUGCCGAGGAUAUUGAAGCUGCAGCUGAAGUUUCUCAGACUGUUGAGCCUGUUGCUGAAGUCAUUGCUCCCGUUGAGACUUCUGAGCCCGCUGUAGUGGUCGAGCCCACUGAAGCCUCAGAACCUACUCCUGAUGCACCCACGGAUGUUCCUGAUGCUGUCAAAGAGACCAUUUCCAAUCCUGAAGAUCAAUCAGUGGAUAUCAUCGCCCCAGAGGAAAAGCAGGAUGAACCAUUUGAGAUCAUUCCUGAGGCCUCUAUCGAAACGCCUAUUGCUCCCGAAUUGGAGGCUGUUACCGAGACCCCUUUGGAAGCCCCUGAUGCUGCCAAGCCCCAAGAAGGGCCUCCAAUCGCCGAAGAAAAGGCAGAGCAAGAAGCUACUCCUGCUGAGCCUGAAGUCCCCAUGACGGCAGCUGAGAAGAAAAAGGCAAAGAAGGCGAAAAAGAAGAAGCAGCAGCAGGAAAGCAUCAGCUCUGUUUCUGAAGAGACACCCGCCCCUGAGACGGUCUCUACGCCUGAGGCCGAGACUGCUGAGGCCAGCAAGGAAACUCAAGAUGUCGCAGAAGCGGAAGUUCCAUCCGUGGAUGAUACACCAGUCUUGGUUACUGAGCCUGAGGCUAUCGAGACUAGCAAGGAGGUUGAUGCUACCGAGCUUCCUGCAGUGGAACCCGAAGCGGCUCCCCAGAUAGAGACUCCUGCAGAACAUGAGGUUGUUGAGCCCACUCCCGAGGCUCCCUCUGUUCCAGCCGACGUCGUUCCUCCGGUCGAAAGCCCUCAGGAAAAUGUGCUUCCCGAGCAGCCCAAGGAAGAGGAACCAGCCCAGCCUCCCGUCGCUCAAUCUCUUCCCACCGAAGCUGCAGAGCCUCAACCAACAGAGCCGGAAACCCCCCCAGCCGAAGCAGAAGUCCCGAUGACUGCUGCACAAAAGAAGAAGGCCAAGAAAAAGCAGCAAAAGCGACAGUCUAUUCUGUUGGAUGAUCAAGACACCCCCACGACAGAUGAUGCUCCCACCGAACCAAAGGAGGUUGAGCAGCCUUUGGAUGUGACUCAAGGGGCCUCUGUUUCUAAAGAGACCAAGGCCCCUGAAGAAGCUGCACCGGCAGAGGCAGAUCAGGAAAUUCAAGCUGAGGCUACGCCAGCUGUUGAGGAUAGCCCAGCUGCUGCCGAUGUUGAAAAGGAAGCUCCUCUGGAUACAUCAACAAAUGAGACUGCUGCUACAGAGUCUAUCGUGGAAUCCGCCGCCGAUAUUCCAACUGUGUCUGAUGAAUCCAAGGAUGCUAUCGCGACUCCGGAGGAGCCGGCCGCAGAACCACCUGUCGCUGACCAAGCUGCUCCUAACCAGUCCAUCGAAGAGCCGACUGCCCCUGCCGAGACUACGACUGGCGCUGUGGAAGAGGUUGCUGCUCCAACACCUGAGAACACACCGGCAGAGCAGACUGAAGAGGCCGAACCGACUACUCCAUUGUCAAAGAAGGACAAGAAAAAGAAAAAGAAGAAGAACAAGUCUCUUGUUCUUGAGGACGAGUCGCAGCCCGAGCCAGUUCAGGGGGAAAUGGCUAAGCAUGCUGAGGCUGUUGAGGCUGUAGAGACCACAGAGUCCACUGAGCCUGUCGAACCUACACAGUCUAUUGAAGCCACUCAGCUUAUUGACACCUCCGAGCCUGUCGAGACUAUCGGACCCAUCGAGACCACUGAGCCUGUCGAGUCUACCGAGCCCACUCCUGUUGAAAGUGACGAGUCUGCCAAGCCAGCCGAUGAGCCCGAGUCUGUCAUUGUGACAGAAGAGCCCCAAAGCGUCGAGCAGCCAACUCCUGGAGAGGCUGUUCCAGCUGAAGUCAUUCCCUCGCAGCCCGCUACAGAAACUCCCGAAGAACCUUCACAGCCAGUUGAGCCUGAGGUGCCAUUGACCGCUGCGCAAAAGCGAAAAGCUAAGAAAGACAAGAAGAAGCGCAAGUCUGUCGCCUUUGAGGAUGAAGCAUCUGCUACUCCGACGGAAACUCAGUCCGAGCAAGAACAGGAUGCUCAAGUCCAAUCCGCUGAGCCCAAAGAUGUCCCUUCCGAGGAAGCUGCUCCCAGUCAAGAAUUGAGCGAGUCUUCUAAGGAUGCCCCGGAACCAGCUCUUGAUAUUGUCCACAAGCACGCUGUUGAAUCCGAGUCUGCUAAGGAUCAAUUUGAUGCCCCAACCGAGGAAGCCCCCACUGCCGUGGUUGAGCAAACAGAUGCGAUCAGCAUUGGGAAGGGCGACAUUCCAUCGGUCUCGCAAGCAAACGAACCGGAGGCCGAAUCUACAAUUUCUCCUCAAGCCGAACAGGAGCCUGUCGCUACCCUCGAGUCUGAGAAGCCCGAGACACAGCGUGAUGAGAAGACCGACGCCAUCGAGGAGCCUUCAGCUCAGAACACCGAGACCGAGGCAACUGAGACAGCGGCCGAGGCUGGCCUAUCAGCCAAGGAGCGCCGCAAGCUCAAGAAAAAGGAGAAGAAAAAGUCCAAAUCAGUGGACUUGACUGAAGAGCCCUCUUCUCCUGUAGAGGCGCUUGAAGCAGCUGAAAUCCCGGCCGAGACUCAGCCCGAAACCUCCAAAGAGGUGGACACCGAAACGCCUCUGGUUGAGCAGCUCGAGGAGUUGACACCGGCUGAUGUCGAUCCUCCAAAGGUCGAGGAGGGCGAAAUUACUGAAGCACCCACCCACAGCGAGAAGAACGAUACUCUGGAGACCGCCCAAUCUGCUGAUCCCAAGACAAUCGAGUACCCUGACCAGCUCGCUGAGCAAGAAACCGCCGAGCCCAAAGAAUCGGACGACAAAUUACAUGUGGCCGAGGCCGCGACUGAAGCAGAGUCCUCUCCCCAGGAGACCGAAGUAAAGCCCGAGCAGCCCGUGGAGCAAGACGCCGAAGCCGGCCUGUCAGCCAAGGAGCGCCGCAAGCUCAAGAAGAAGGAAAAGAAGCGUCAAUCCAAGAACCUCGAUGUCGACGAGAAUGCGACCACCGACGCCCCCACCGAAUCUGACACACGGGAACUCUCUGUACCCGUAACGGCAAGCUCGCCUGCGGAGAAUGACGGUAGAGCAGCCGCAGUUAGAGAGUCGUUCUUCAGAUUAUCCUCCCCGUCCGUGCUUGAGCAUGAUUUUGAUCCUGGCGAAGCGAAGGAUGAUGAGCAGAAGGAAGAGGAUGCUGUGCCAACUUUGGAACAGCCGGAGGUGCCGAGUAUGGAAGGAGAAAAAAGUAUUGGUGCCGAGGAAGCUGCAGAGAAAGAGGAGGAGUCUGCUGUUGAUGUUGAGCUUGUACAGGAGGAGGAAGUCAAAUCCCCUGAAGCUGAUGUGUCUGUAGUCGUGGAGGAGGAGACGUCAGAGCAGAAGGAAAUGGAGUUGGCCGAGACGGAGCCGAUCACCGAGCCCGCUGCAGAGGAAGUUGAGCAGCCGGCCUUGUCCAAGAAGCAGAAGAAGGAGGACAAAAAGAAGAAGCAAAAGCAGGAAGAGAAGGUGGAGGAGGAAAUCGUCGCCCCUGCACCAGAACCCGUGGUGGAAGAGGAGAAGGACCAGGUUGAAGGCAUCGCCGACACCAGCCAAGAAACGCAAGACCAGCCAAUUGUCGAACCUGAACAGACUACCGAGCAGCAGUCAGUCCCUGAUGCCGAGUUCCCUUUAACGGAACAAACCCAGAAAAUCGAUCUUGAUGUUCCCUUGACGCAAGCCUCAGAAGAAGUGGAACCUGCCAAAGACAUUGAACCUACUGAGGCAGAGAAUAUCGCUCUCGAGCCCGAGCAAUUGGAAGAAUCACCCCUAUCCAGGAAGCUGAGCAAGAAAGAAAAGAAAAAGCAGCGCCUAGCCCUUCUCGCACAACAAGCUGAGACGGAAGCAUUUGAGCCCGAAGCGCAGCAAAUUCCGGAGACAGCCGAGCCUGAAACCAUUACUCCUGUCUCUGAUGCUCCUCUGGACGUCCUCGUAUCUACUGAACAACAAGAAGAUACGCAGCCAGUUGAAACAAGCGAUGUAUUUGUCCAGCCUUCCGACUCUUUCCAGGAUGAGUCAAAGGAGAUUGAACAGUCGCCAGUCGAAGCUGAACAGCCUAUUGCGACUGAACCUGAGCAAACGGAGCCCGUCGAGGAGCCGGUGUCUGAGGAGGCCAAGCCAAAAGAGGUCAAUUUAGUCUCAGCUCCUGCAGAUACUUCAUCCAUUGUUCCUCGUACGGAGUCUACUGAGUUUUCAAAGGAAGAGAACGAGGUGGAGCCAGAAGCUGAGCAGCCAGCCAUCACGAGUAAGAUGAGCAAGAAAGAAAAGAAGAAGGCUGCUGCCGCUGCCGCUGCUGCUGCCGCAGCCGCCGCCCCUACUCUUGCAGCCGAAAAAGAGACGUCUGCCGAACCAGAGAUAGUGCCUUUCCAAGCACCCCCUGCUCCCGAGAAAACCGUUGAGAACCCAAAGGAGGAGCUCGCCCUCGAUGAUACUCAGAAGACUCCCGAGACUGUGUCUGAAUUGCAGCAAGAGGCUGCCGAACAAACCCGCGACGAGAUCGAUCUAGUGACCCCUGAAGUCAUCACGGAUAUCGCCGAGAAGCCCACUGCUGAGACUGAGCGGCAAAUCGAGCCUUCUGUGGAAGAGCCCCAACUCGAGGAAGUGGUAGAAGAGCCUGUUGUUGAUGAGCCACUUACUCGGAAGAUGUCUAAGAAGGAGAAGCGCAAGGCUAAGAAGCAAGCCGAGCAAGAGGCAGUCGAUGCGUCUUCAAAUCAGGCCGACACUCCAGCAGAGACCACCACGGAGCCUGAGUCCGAAACCCUGGCUGCCACGAAGUCCAUCCCCCUCGAAGAGUCUAGAGAGACUUUCCACGAAUCUGAGCCUGUUGUUCAGGAGGAUUCCACAGCCCGAGAGGUUCCUGAACCCGAGGUCCUGCCCAUGCCAGUCAAUGAGGCCCAGGUAGAAGAAGUCAAGGACGUUGAAGCAAUUGAAAAGUCUACCCCCUGGGGCUCAUUAGAUGCUCCGUCGUUAACAGAGGUCAUUGAAAACCAGCCUUCGACCGCGCUUGAAGACCAAACUGCAGCUGAAUCACCUGAUCUCUCGAGAGAAGUUGAUCUUGACACCGCUGUCCCGGAAGAGCCCGAAGUGGUUCCGCCGCUUUCCAAGAAGCUCUCCAAAAAGGAAAAGCGCAAGGCCAAGAAGAAGGGUGCUGUGGAAGAAGAGCCCUCUAGCUUGGAGGAUGAGAAGCCUGCCGCUCCUGAAGCUACUGCUGCCCCAGCUGGCCCUCAAGAAGCUAUUGUCUCAGCGCCCGAGCCAGAGGAGACAGAGCUUGAGGCAGAAACCCCAGUCCAGCCCGAAUCAGCAAGAGAAUUGGAGAUGGAAAAUGAAACAUCAAAAGACGUUGAGCCUGCUAUUGAAGCUCAGCCCACUUUAGAGCCAGAAGCUGUGAUGGAUUCCACUCCAAUUGUGCCGGCUCCUACAACCGAAGAGCCCGAGCCCGAGCCUGAACCACAGACGGCGCUUUCGCGCAAGGCUUCCAAGAAAAAGGCCAAGAAAGCGAAAAAAGCUAGUCAAGCCUUGGAGCUAGACUCACCUGUCGACAAUUCAAUUGAACAACAAGAGCCUGAGUUGAAUCCCGAGCCAGAAGCCUUGACCAAGGAUAUUGCUGGUCCGACUACGCGAGAGAAAAAACAUGACGACGAGGACUGGCCUGCAAUUGAUUGGGAGCAUGGCCAUUCUCACAGACAUGAGCCACCACAUGACAAGAUCCCCGAGCCUGAGCCAGUGACUCCAGUUCCCGAGUCUGAAGCCAUUGGAGAGUUUGACGAGUCUGCCAUUCCCGCUGCCUUGCAAGAGGCCAAGAAGGACUUGGAGCAGCCCGUUGAGGAAGAGGAAGAAUCUUGGUCUGCGCCACUGAGCAAGAAAGAUAAGAAAAAGGCCAAAAUGAACAAGCGCAAGUCAGAGCAAGCUGCUCUGGCAGAAGUUGGUGAGCCUGAUGAGGAGCCGUCUCACAAGAAGGUCGAAUUGGUGCAUGAAUCUAUUCCUGAACCGCCCGUGGAGAUUACAGUCCCGGUUCCCAAAGAGAUCGAGACUGAACCACCUGCUCGCACUACGACUCCUGGUGGCUCCAAGAUUGCAAACCUCUUUCCUGGCUUGGAACGUGGAGGAUUUCGGCGAUCGGCUAUCGACAAGAAAUCACCGUCGCUAAAAGAUAGUGCUGAGGAAGAGACCGCAGCGGACUUGGACGCAAAUCGCGAUAUCGCGAUCCCCGUCUCGGAAGCACCCCUAGCGACCACCGAAUUCAACCAAAAACCCCAGUUCAGCGCCGAGUUACCUACGCAGGGCAAGAGAGAGGUUGUGCAUGCUACGACUAUCGAACAUGAUGCUCCAGCAGUGAUUAUCCACCGCCGGCAAGAGUCGCCCAUUGACCCCGACCUCCCAAUCAGUCGUGAGCUCUCUAUUGCAGACCAAUUCCCAUCACCAGAUCAUGCUUCCUCUAAAGAGCGAUCUUCCAUGCUAUUCGGCUCGUCUCCAUCCACUCGCACCGAGGAAGCUACUUUACCCCGGCGUCUGUUGCCCUCCCAGAUGGAUGCUCCCCAGGAUGCCUCAUGUGGAUUGCGCCGAACUCCAUCCGUGAUCCACGGGCAACACCAGCAAACUCCUCGCACCUGGAAUUUGGAGGAUUCCUCCGUUCCAGCUCCAUCUUCCUCGCCGCCUCGCUCUCUCUUUGGGGGCCCUUACGAUGAGUCCCAAUCUCGACCCCGGACUCCACUGCAUCCCAUUGCGGAGCAGGAACCAGGGGAUGGGGACCACGCAACCACGGCUCACGGCGGGACUCCCCGUUUGGAGAUCAAGCCAGAGCAUGUCUUGCCCCGACCUCAUACUCCUGUGAGGAAAUUUACCGACAAUGCAAUGGCCAGAGAGACGUGGCCCACUCCAGAGAAUGACAACAAUGAAAAAACACGGAGUCAUGAUGAUCUCUCCAAAGCCAGCAAAUUCGGUGGCGAGUCGGGCUCUCCCAUCACCCAAACACCUGAACAGGGUAUGCCGGUGUUGAAGCCCAGCGGCAGCAAAGGGAAGCUGCGUCGCACGAAUCGCAGCACGAGCAGCGAUCUGCGGGGCGCUAGUAAGGCGCUAGACUCCUCCCAGCCUCCCCCAAAUCUCGAUCUUGAUCAGCUUCCCUCUUCAUCCUCCUACGACCCCGUCACCGACAAGGGCAAGCGUCCCCUGCGAAACAUGUCGGAUGUCUAUGAGGGAUGGGGUGAGACGCCCAGCUCCCCGCGGUCGCCCAGCCGACCGCCGAGUGUCCGCCGCCGUCGAAGUAUGCAACACCUUCAAGACAUGGAAGCUCGCCUCGAUCAACUCAUCUCGGAAAACCGUCUCCUGAUAUCCGCUCGCGAUGAGGCCGAAGACAAAUUGCGCAAUGCCAGCGUCGCUCGCCGGAAGAGUGAUCGCGCUCUCAACUCCAGCGGCGCCGACUUGCGGGACAGGGAAGCCGAGGUGGAACAACUAAAGAACUCGGUGGAGUGGUUGCAGCGGGAGAUGAGCCGCCUGACCCAGGAGAAUGAGGGUUUGACGGCGUCAAAUGCUGCUCUCGCUGCUGCGCACGCCGAGGAAGUCCACACUGUGCGCGAGUCAUCCACACGAGAGCUGGAUGACUUGCGGUCGCAACACACCGCAUUGUCCACUCAGAUGGAUACUCGUGUGCGACAAGAAAUUGAGUCAGCUCUUGCUCAGAAAGACGCUGAAUUGCGACGUCUCCGUGAAGAGCUGGAGGAAGCUCGUGACAAGGUCAAGGAGCUACAGCAACAAAUUGCAACAUCGCUUCAAGACAACACACUCGUCUUCCGAGAUGAGGAUUACUUCGAUGCUGCCUGCCAGAAGCUCUGUGGCCAUGUCCAACAAUGGGUGCUGCGCUUCUCCAAGCACUCUGACCACCGUCGUUGCCGUACUCUAAGCGAGCUGCACGAUGAGAAGAUCGCCGAUCGCUUCGACAAUGCCCUCCUGGAUGGCUCCGAUGCCGACUCUUACCUCUCUGACCGUGUUCGCCGACGUGAUGUGUUCAUGUCGGUGGUCAUGACUAUGGUGUGGGAGUACAUUUUUACCCGCUACCUCUUCGGUAUGGACCGUGAGCAACGCCAGAAGCUCAAGUCGCUUGAAAAACAACUGGGUGAGGUUGGUCCUCGUCGCGCCGUUCACCGCUGGCGAGCAACGACCUUGACUCUACUAUCGAAGCGUCCGGCCUUCGCCUCCCAGCGUCAAAGCGACACCGAAGCUGUCGCUCUCGAAAUCUUUGGUACCUUGUCUCGCGUCCUUCCACCCCCGUCACAGGUGGAAGCCCAGCUCCUCGAGUCUCUGCGCAAGGUCCUGCGUGUCGCUGUCAACCUCGCCCUCGAGAUGCGCACCCAGCUGGCCGAAUUCAUCAUGCUGCCCCCUCUCCAGCCUGAAUACGAUACCAACGGCGACCUGGCUCGCCAGGUGUACUUCAACGCGUCGCUGAUGAACGAGCGCAGCGGAGAAACUACUUCCAACGACGAGCUUGAGUCCCAGCAAGCCGUCGUUCGCAUCGUGCUCUUCCCCCUUGUCGUCAAGAAGGGCAAUGAUGUCGGUGAAGGCGAUGAUGAAGUCGUCGUCUGCCCCGCUCAAGUCCUUGUCGCCCGUCCGGGCAAAGACAAGCGUGUUUCCAAGAUGAUCAGUGGUGACCGUAUGUCCGUGGACGCCCGCUCGGUCUAUAGUGCUGCACCGAGCAUGGCACCUCCCUCGGUGAUGGACAUGAGCAAUGUGAUUUGA